AUGUCCGUCUACAGCCCAGACCAGCUCGAGCGCUACUUUUCUUUCAUCUCCCUGGACAACUGGAAGACGCUGCUCGGUAGCAAUGUGCGCGGCUUCUUUGACGAGUUGAUCAAGUGUCAACUCGCGCGCAUCACGUAUAACACGCUGUCUCUGCACUAUUCGAUGGACAAGUCCGGCUCGCUGGAUAUGGACAUGCUGUUUGAUAAGAUGGUGGUCCGGGACCGUGGCGGCUACUGCUUCGAGCUCAACGUCUUUUUCCUGCAGAUGGUUCGCAGCUUGGGCUUUGAGGCCAUGGCUGUCGGGUGCCGCAUGCGCGACCAGAAGUCGACGAGCGCGGGCCUCGAUCGAUGGCGAACUACGAGCCACAUGGCCAUCGUUGUCUUCAUCAACGGCGAGCGCUUCCUCAUAGACAUCGGCUGUGGCGUGCAGAGCCCCGUGACGCCGCUGCUGCUGUGGUCCGGGCAGACGGCAACUGGACUUACGGGCCAGGAACUAAAGGUCGAAUUCAAGAAACUCGCGCCGAUGGCCAUGGGCAAGCCCGUUUGGAUCUACUCGAUGCGGUUUGGCGGCGAGGAUGGACUAUGGAAAGAAAUGUACGCGUUUGCCGACACUGAGUACCUGGCUUCGGACUUUGACGUGCUCAACUACUAUACGCUGCACGCGAGCCCCUUUACACGCCUGGUGGUGGUGCAGAGCUUCUUUUUCUCCCGCAUCUGCGACGGCGCCUCGGGGACCGUGUCGCUGGUCAAUGAUCGCGUCACGCAACACAUACGCGGCGGCGAGGAAGAGGUGGCAGCGCUGCAGAGCGAGAGAGAGCGUGUCGAGGCGUUCGAGAAGCACUUUGGGAUCCAAUUGUCGGAGGAGGAGAUGCAUGCGAUGAAGGAAUCUGCAUAUGCAUUGCCUGCUGGAACUUCAUUGUUGACGUAG